UUUAAUUAGAAUCUAAACAAAAUGAAAAGAAAACCAACACUGAAUGUCGAAUACGAAGAGUUAAUUUAAUAAGCAAAAAGCAUGUUUAAUUUAAACUAAGAUGAAAUGAAUGAAAUAAUUAUUCAAGUUAAAAAAUUUGACCCUAAAGGAAGUGGUUAUGUGGGAAAGCAUGAGGUAGAUGAUGUACUUAGAGGUAAUUGAUUAAACUUUUAUGAAGAUCUUAAAUUGUUAGAUAAUGAUAAACUUAUUAAUAAGUUUAAUGAAGAAUUAAAGAUAAUGAAUGCAAAAUUUCUUGACUUAAAACAAAUUUGUGAUCUCUAUUGUAAAUUGAAGCAAUAUCAAUAAUAAUUGAAUGAAGAGGAAACAAUCACCUAAGAAUAUAGUACUAAAUCAAAAUUAUCUAGUCGAUGCCUUUUGUGCCUUAGGUGGUUAACUUGAUAAAUCUGGAUAUGUACUAAAAUCUACAAUAAUUGAAACAAUACAGAAAGAAUUUGAAAUGAAUUUUGAUUUAGAUUAAAUUUUGGGUGAUCAUGGCACUUAACUUGAUUUUGAUGAAUUCUGCUAAUUAUUCGAAAAUGCUGGUGACGAUGCCAAAUCACUACUUACUGUAUUUAUAAAAUUAAUUUUAUAGAGUAUUUCAUUGUCUAAAAGAAAUCAAAAUGAUUUUGUUGUCAGAUAUAAAGACUUUGAAAAAUGGGAAAAAUCUGUUAAUUGAAUGGGAA